AUGCUCCUCCAAGGCGAGGAACACAAAAUUCUAAAGAUCAACCUCCAGCAUGCCAUAGAAUCACUCACCAACAACGCUGGCGAGGUGAACGAGCGACAAUGUGAUGCGCAAAUUCGCUAUGAGAAAGUUAAAGAAAAACGACGGAAUCGAAAUGCUGCUGAAGGCCAAGAAGAGGAUUCUAAUGAGGAGGCAAAUAAUGAGGAGCUGGAGAGACUUGGUGAAAUGGAACGCAAAACCGAUGCGGUGACGGGGCAAAUGGAGGAGAAGAUGCGGGCGAUGAUUGAUGCAGAGAACAAGCUGCGAGAGCUGGCUGAGACGGUGGAGCGGAUUAGGAGGGAAGAGGAGGAAGCGCAGAUUGCGAUGUUGGGACCGAGGAGGACGAGGGGAGGGAGGCGACGGAGAGCGGAUGAUGAGGAUGGGGACGAUGCUGCGGAUAGUGAUUUUGAAGGGUCACCAGAGCGAGAGGCAAGGGAGCGUUCUGCUCAAAAUCCGCCGAGUCGGAGAUUUGAAGAGAGUCUUAAAACUGCGGCCGAGAGAUGGGAAGGGAUGUCGUUGACUGAAAGAUAUGCGAGCAACAACGAUUACAUUGGGUUUUACCGCAUGGUGCACAAUGCCAAGUUCCCCAACGACGAGGCUCCGCCGUUACCACAUUCAUCUACGUGGUUCCAACACAUGGAAGAUCCCAAUGCGACAUCUGCAGCGCAAAAUGCCUCUGGGCCACGGGUUUUGACGCGCAGUCGCCGUGAGCCCUCCGAAUCAGAUGACGAUAUUGCCAUUGAGCGAGAACGCAUUUCCAUGAAGUGUCCCCUUACAUUACUCCCCUACCAGGACCCCGUCACCAGCACGAAGUGCCCCCACAGCUUCGAGCGUGAGGCUAUCCAUGACAUGAUUGCGCGGAGUGGGAUGCAAAUUCCCGUCGGACCGGGUCGCGGGGCUCGGCGUGUGCGCGCGGUCAAAUGUCCCGUCUGCUCGACUCCUUUCACUGCGGAAGAUCUGCGACCCGACCCAGUUCUGCUACGUCAGGUGCGGCGUGCAGAGGAGUUGGCUGCGCGUGAAGCCGAAGAAAACAUGGAGGGCCAGUCUCAGUUGGCGCCUCGGCCUAAUCAAAUUACCUUAGAAAGUGAUGCUAUUGAUGCUGACGACAUGGAUGUUGAUGUGGAAGUAGACGCGGAUACAGACGAGGAAGAGGCCCCGGCGCCUAGUGCACGUGUCAAGACGGAGCCAUUGGAGCGAGCGGUAUCUACUGAUAGCGAGGAGAACGAGGGCGAGUCCGAGGAAUUGGAAAACAAUGAUGAAGAUAUGGACUCGAGCGAUAAUGCUGAGUCUGAGGAAGAAGAGUAG